AUGCGCAUUUGUGAGGAGCACUUCGCUCCAAACUCGUAUCGUAUGGCCAUCAUGAGGCCAGUCAGUAGAAAACUUCGUGACGAUGCAGUGCCAUCGUUGAAGCUUCCGAAGGAUGCACCAUCGAAACGUCGUGCGACUUUCGUGGCCCAUUCCUCUCUAACUACAGAGCAAUUGAAGCCACUUGCAGUACGACUCUCCACGUCUACACAGACAGACACGACUGUGAAAGCCCUCCAAGAGCGUGGCUGUCAGACAGAACCCUGGGAACAACCAGUUCAAAGAAAUGUUAUGGUCAGCCCUAAGCACACGACAGCACCCAUUCCAGUCCCUAGCCUGAUUCAAACUGAGGACGAGGACACAAGUGACAGUUACUCUCCAUCACAGGAAGAGAGUAGUAGCGAUGAGCAUGAUGCCUUCCCGCCAUGUACACCACAGCAAGAAAGAAAGUUCUUGGUGUUUGAGAGCUGCUUGCUUGAGCUCUUUCGAACAUGCCCACAAUGCUUCUCCACCUGCUCCAACAAAAUCACCACGCAAGGCACCAUGAUAUCAGUGAAGAGCCAGUGUCGUCAUGGGCAUGUGCGAAGCUGGGACAGUCAGCCUAUGAACGAGAGGGUCACUGCGAGUGUCCAAAUGGAGAAGGAUGGACUUAUCAGAAGCCUCAGGUUCUUGAAGGAGCAUGGCAUAACACUGAAGUCUGUUACUACCGAUCGUCACCCGGCUAUCAGAAAGCACAUGGAGACACAUGAGCAGGAGACAAAGCGCUUUUUCGACAUCUGGCACAUAUCAAAAAGUGUGAAGGAAAAACUGACUGCUAUCAGUAAAAGCGCUAGCUGUCGCAGCUUAGAUGGCUGGAUUCAGGGAACGUCAAACCACUUAUACUGGUGCGCAAAGGCUGGAGGAGGAAAUUUCCAAAUGACUGUCGACGCAUGGCUCAGCAUCCAUAAUCAUGUGAUCAACAUUCACAACGGGCAUGCUGGAUCAUAUUUGCGUUACCUCCAUGGCCCUAUUCCAAAUGGAGACUGGCUUGAACCUGAUUCACUAGCUUAUAAAAAGUUCAAGGAAGUGACAGGAAACACGCGCAUCUUGAAAGAUGUGGCGCAGAUGUCGCCAAACAUCCAAACCUAUGCCCUGGAAUCAUUUCACAGCCUCCUUAUCAGGUUUGCGCCAAAAUUAGUUGCCUUUUCCCUUGAAGGCAACCUUUGCACGACGAGACUGGCAGUUCUCCAUUACAAUGAAAACGCUGAACAUUGCCAAGCGGAGACAUCGGCUGGAGUACAACGGUGGAAAGUGAAAAGCUGUAAAGCAAGGCAGGGCCACCAAGUUGCUUGCCCCAUUAAAACUCCACCAACAUUCAACUACAUUGUGAAGCUGCUUGCACAAGCAGAAACAAUGCAAUUCGUGCACAUCAUUUGA